GACCUAGCCACAUACCCUUCUCCAGACCUCCUGCGAGUCCUCGCCGUGCUCCUCCACCAGAUUGCCACAACCAACGAUGCCAUUCGCCCGCCAUCUGCUACGCAAGACGAGAGGGGACGGAGGUCGGGCUCGAAGUCGAAAGUGCAUCAUCCCCAGGGGGUCACAACGGCAGCCAUGGGUGCAUUGGGCCAACCGAGCAGCACCCUCUGCUUCCACGCUCGUAACGUGCCUAGCAUCACCAUCGAGAGCUACCUGCUGCGUAUCCUGAAGUACUGUCCGACGACGAAUGACGUCUUCCUCAGCUUGAUCGUCUACCUCGACCGGAUGAGCAGGGUUGCACAAGGGUCAGAGGACGGUCGAUGUUUCGCCGUCGACUCGUACAACAUCCACCGUCUCGUCAUCGCAGGCGUGACUGUAGCGUCCAAGUUCUUCAGCGACGUCUUCUACACCAAUUCUCGCUACGCCAAGGUGGGCGGUCUGCCGGUGCACGAACUCAACCAGCUCGAGCUGCAGUUCUUGCUGCUUAAUGAUUUCAGGCUAGUCAUCCCUUUGCCGGAACUGCAGAGCUAC